AUAAUCGAAAAUUUCCUCCGAAUUCUAGAAAAAAUUCGUUUUCUCCAGGUAUUGUUUCAUCACGGAGGCACUCAAAACCAAAAAGUUCGCUUUUUUCCCUCAAUAGCAGGUACUGAUAAACUACGAAGGCACAAAUUUCAAAAACUACAGGGUGUUCCAAAAUUUUUGACGAUUUUUACUGGAAAACUGGAAAUUUGGAAAAAGGAAAAUUUCCCACGUGUUGUUCCGUCAUUAAAACAACGAUUAAUUAGUAUAUUUUAAUUAAUUAUCGUGAAAUCAUGAAACUAGUUACGAUUCCGAAGUAUUAUUGUUCGUUUUAAAUUACAUUUUAUUUCUUCGCGGUGUGAAGUAUCAUAGAAUCAACGUUGUGUUUCAACAAGUCGUAAACACGUUCGUAGAAUUCGAAUUUGAAUUUUUUCCAGACGUUUUUAGUAAUUAAAACCUCGACUGGAGACUUUCAGACGCUUAUUAUUGUUAUUAUAGUUCUCGAAUAUCUUAAGAAAAUCAUCAUGGCGAAUUCUAACGAUCAAAAGAGUGUCCCAGACUAUCUUGUACAAACAGUGGAAUCAUUGCUGAAUUGCCUAAAGUUGUCUCAUCAAAACGAAAUGAGUUUUCCUCCGUCCUUAUACGCCCACGAACGAUCGUUCAUUCAUAAACGAGCUAAGGAAUUCGGAUACCAUGCAGUCACCAAGAGAGGUCACGGAUUAUGCAAUCGAUUCGUCUGCAUUUAUAAGUCAGUGCCUGAAGAAACUCUCACUCUGAAGUAUCCGAUCGUCUUGUUGCACGAUACAUUGAAUAGAAUUUUCUCAGCUAUGGAAAAAAAUCCAAUGACAUCGAUGGAGUUACGUAAUUUUGUAUCGAUCAAGGAUCACGACGAUAUGAAUAAUCAAGAUAAUGAUUUAUCAUUGAGAACCAGUCGAGAUUAUUCGGAUUCAGAGUAUAAUUUUCCUUUACCCGGACAAGCUUUCAAAGCAGCUAAAUUCAACUCGUCGGUGAUGGAUUAUCGCAAAUCUCUUCCGAUUUUCAAUUACAAACAAAUCAUUUUGAGUUACGUAACGGAAAAUCGAAUUGUUCUAAUUCACGGUGGCGUUGCUUCGGGAAAAUCUACUCAAGUACCGCAGUAUUUGAUGGAGAAAUGCAUCGAGUCCAAAGUGGGCUAUAAAAUUAUACUCUGCGAGCCUCAUCGAAUCACUGCCGUAGCUGUAGCUGAACGUAUAGCUUUCGAGCGACGUGAAGAAAUAGGACAAUCUGUCGGGUAUCAGAUACCAUUAGAGACGAAGAAAUCUGCUACUUCGAUUGUUAUUUGCGUAACGCCGGAUGUUUUAUUGAAAAUGCUGAUAUCGAAGGAACAGGUGUUUCAAGGCAGAGUGAUCGUAAUCAUGGAUGAGUUCGAAGAAAGCGACUAUAUCACCGAGUUCGUGCUGAUCGCGUUGAGAGAUUUGUUCAAAGUUAAUCCGUAUCUAAGGUUGAUUAUUAUGACGAAUGCGACAGAUGUUUCGGCCCUUUUUACUUAUUUCCAGUGUCCUAAAGUCAAGUACGAUAUAAGUAUCAAGACUGCGUGUAUUAGUGUUACGUCGAACGUGAUUCCUAUUCAAGAGUUUUUUUUGGAGGAUAUUUUAUUGAGGACCGAUUAUUUAACCAGACCAAGAGUCACUAAUACGGAAACUAAUCCAAAAUGUCAAAUUUAUACAGAAAGCUUGAGUCCUAAUAGCAUCGAAAUGAGUGCUACUGAAGUUAUAAAUGCAACCAUGGAGAAGGUUUGGAGCUUGGGAGAAGACGACGGAUUUAUAUUUUCAAUCAAUAUGAUGAAAAAAAGCGUCAUAUCAGUGAAUUAUAAACUCGCGUCAAACGGUGUGACCCUGCUUAUGUCAGCUAGCAACUGGGGCAAAAUCAAUUACGUGUCUGAAUUGCUGAAAUUGGGAGCUGAUGCCACAAUACGAUGUCAUUCGGGGCUCACAGCUGGAGAUUUGGCCAUGACCAAGAACCAUCACGAGAUUAUGCAAAUCAUACACUAUUAUUUAGUUUGCAACAAUGAAAAAGUGUUCCUCGAUCGAGAAUUCAUCAAAUUGACCGCAUGUACACGUUCGAGCGAUCAUACCGACAGAUUGAUCCGAUAUUACGAUUAUUUUUACCCCGAAAAUGGAAUCGAUCUCGAGCUUCUUUUCACCGUUUUAUUACACGUGCACGCUUUUAGCAAACCUGGAGCUGUGAUGAUAUUCUUGCCUAGUUUCUCGGAUAUACUCGCUUUUCGCGAAUUACUCUUCGAAAGAGAAUCGCAGCUUGUUUGUAAAGGAGGCAGUUUCAUAUUACGAUAUUUAUACACGAAUAUGCAGACCUGCGAACAAAAGUUAAUAUUCCAAAUACCACCUCACGAUUGUCGUAAAAUUAUCCUAUCCACCGAUGUCGGAGCAGUAGGCAUUACGAUCAGCGAUUUAGUCUACGUUAUCGAUAGUGGAAAAAUUGAACAAAAAAUGUACGCCGAUCAUACCGGAAGACUUAGUUUUGUAACUGGUUGGAUAUCUAGCUCGCAUGCUCUGCAAAGAUCCACGAAAAUAGGACGUCUGCAGCCGGGAUGCUGUUAUAGAUUAUACCCUCAGCUAAUGAUGUUGCCGGAAAAAACACCUUGCGCUAAUUUAUUCACUUGUUCGCCUCAAAUGUUGUGUUUAUACACGAAACAAAUCAUACCAUACGCAGAUCCAGUCAUGUCCUACUUACAGAGAGCGUUUACGGUGCCUGAAUUUAUAUCUAUGAAGCAUUCUGUCGAUUUUUUAAAGAGUAUCGACGCGUUUGAUAUCUGUAAAAGCUACGAAUACUUGACUGAAUUGGGCAAGAUCAUGUUACAAUUGCCUUUAGAGCCUCAAUAUGCCAAAAUGGUGUUAUAUGCGGUCGCUCUCAAAUGCCUGGAUCCUAUUUUAACCAUAGCUGCGUUUUCUAAGCAUAAAUCUAUUUUUACUUUGGAACAAAAUUACAAAACGAAAUCCCAAGUGGCCAGCAAAGAAUGGAAGAAAAUCGCCUCGAAAUUCUACAGCGAUCAUUUAAUUUUAAUUAAAAUGUUCUUGGGUCGUCAAGACGCCGGUGUUGAUAAACGCGAGAAGAAAUUCUGCGAAGAGUAUUGCAUUUCGCAGGCUACAAUGGAGUUGGUGAAUACGACUAGAUCGAAUAUCGUGGGCCAUUUAAGAGCUAUGGGUAUCGUAAAGACUCGAGGAGUUAACGAUAUGAGAGAUUUGAAUUCCAAUUCCAAGGAAUGGGUUUUCGUGAAGGCGGCUCUAGUCGGAGGAUUGUAUCCUAAUUUGGUAUUCGUUGAUCGAACUUCGAAUAAGCUGUAUUGUAGUAAGAACAACAACGAAGUCCUACUCAAUCCUUUAUCAGUAUUAUUGGACUAUUCUCUCAUGCCAUCGAACCAGCUAACUAUUUUAUCGCAAGAUGACGUCGUCCAACAUCUACCUACCGACUGGAUGGUUUGCAGCGAAUUGAGUAACAUGUAUUCAGAAGAUACUUUCACCGCUUCUGUGUGCACUUCGGUCACUCCAAUCUCGUUAGCUUUGUUUGCCGGAUCGUACAAGAUAUGUUCAACUUUACAAAACCAAAGAACUGCUUUAUUGAUUCAAAACACCACCGCGAAUUUCGACGAAAGCGAUAGCGAAGACGAUGGCGAAUUGAAAAAGACGAAGAAUUUCAUGAUCGAUUCGAAUCUUCAAUUCAAGAUGGAUAACGAAACCGCUAAAUCAGUGCUUUACUUGAGAGUAAAAUGGUUUUCGUAUUUUUUCAAGUGCCUGAAAUAUCCUUCUAAACCUACAACGCCGGAGGAUAAAUGCGUACUCGACACGAUCGCCAAUGUUUUGAAAAAUGAAGAAAAACUAAGUUUUCCGGCCGGAGAUCCGGCCUUCAUCGGUCAUAAACCGGCUGCUUAUACUAUCGAUUUGUUUCAACAACCUAUACGCAGCAAAUCUGUAUCGGAUGUCGUAGGAAAUGGAAUAAGUAAUUCUUGUAAAAGUCCUACAUUUCCAGGAUUGAUUACUGAAAAUUCGCGUUAUUUUCUAAUCAAGAGUUACCAUGGUAAUAACAUCAGCGCAUCUUUACUUCGAGGCAGGUGGAGAUUCGAGCAAAGCACCGAAAUGAAACUAUUGGAGAUUUUUAGGACCGGAGCCGAAAUCAAGCUCAUAUUUCAAUUCACCGGUACGAAUUGUUUCCAAGGAAUGGCUCUGCUGUUGAGUGAUCGUUAUUGCUCCGAAGUUGGAUACGAUUCCAGACAUAUGGGUGGAUAUUUACCUAUUCAAUGGCUCAAGGAAGGAUUAGUACCGAUGUCUGCAGUGGAAGAGUAUAUGGAUCCGGCUGCUUGUAAUAAACUGAAGAUGUCCUCCGAUGGUAGCGAAUUGGAUUGCUCAUUAGCGAGUACUUUGAUCAUGAUGUGGAAUACUUCGCAGAUGUUACUGCAUAAUACGUCUUCUUCGAUGAUUUGAAUUUAUAUACCUAAUAUUUUAAGCAUAGUUAUUAUUCUCGUUUGUGUGUGUGUGUCUUUUUAAAAAUAUAUAUUUUACUUCGCUCUUC